AGAAAGAAGAAUGGCAACAAUUGGCAACUACUCAAUUUAUCAUGUAUGUGAUAUAGCGUGUACAUAAGAUGAAAGUGGUAUCUGUUCAGUCACUCGAUUACAAGGAUUUCGUACACAACGCUGUCGUACACGUAGUGGAAUGUUACGUAACAAAAACAGAUCAGCGUUGUAACAUGCAAUGUAAUCAUUCACAGAGGAUGGAUAUUCUACUGCGUAUUAACGUUGGAUCAGAGUCGAUGUUGUAGCUAUAUUCCACUAUAGCUAGAAUGGCCACCAACGUACCUUGUGGUACCUUGUGUCUCGUGCUAGGACUGUUGGUGGUACAACAGGUUACAGCCCCACCACCGCUCUUCGUGGAACUGCAAGCACAGAGACAGGAAGAUUUGAAGUCUAUAACAGGAGCGGAUAGGCACGAUCAUCAAUUUUCCGUUGAUACUGAUCCGUCUAGUACGAGAUAUUCAAAUACUGGCCAAUUCGAUGUGAAUGAUGACCUUCUUGAGGAUGAUCUUUAUCUGGAUCCUAAACUGGGCGCUCAGAUGGACAUUGAACAUGACGGUUUGGAUAAAACUGUGAAGGAAACCGGUCGAUACUCAAACCCUGAAUUGCUGGAGACACAGUCUGAUGGUUUAUUUCGAGGAAAUGGUCCCAUUGACCUAGACAGCCUUGAGGAGGGAUUGUACGUUGUAGAGGAGUUUGAACCCCUUUCUGUACCAUCAAAUUUCAGUCAAUACGACAUUGACGGGGAUGGGUACAUUGAUUUGGAGGAACUUAUGGUAGCCACGCAGGCUCAGGAAAACGCUGCUUUAGCUUUACAAGCCACGGACUUAGACGGAGAUGGUCGUCUGUCCCGCAAGGAAUUUGCCGCAGCUCCCUGGGUCAUUGGAGAUGAUCAACCCGAACAGGACAGCAUGACAGAUGAUAUUGACGAUACUUACGACGAUAGAUACAACGAACAUUACCACAGCAGAGAGGAGAGGGGCGACGAGUACCGCACUAUGUACACAGAAAACGCGUAAUAUAGGAGUAUCAGUUAUGUAUCUUAGAUAGUGUACUUAUGUUCGCAGUAUUGAUCUGAAUACUUACAUACGUACGUACAGGGGGGUCCUUAGAGACAUUGAUCUGAAUACUUACAUACGUACGUACAGGGGGUCCUUAGAGACAGUAUUGAUCUGAAUACUUACAUACGUACGUACAGGGGGUCCUUAGAGACAAGAAGAUGAUAGCUGUCGGUACCAUACCAUGCUAGCGUGUUAACUAACGAGAAUAUGAUAUAAAUACCUAUGUAUUAUCAGGUUCUAAGUAAAACAUUUUAAUCUGAUUGACUAUACGACAGUCCAAUGUUUAGUUAAAUUUACCAAAAUUGUUAAAGGGUUAUCCAUGUAUUACUUACCAAUAUGCAUUGUGUUCAUGUAAAGUAUCUAAAGUAGUUAGCUCACAAAAUAUUUUAUCAUAAACUAAUACAAAUUUUUCAUAAUAUGGUAUCUAUCAAUUGAUACUGAUUAGGAAAAUUAAUAUUCGUUAAGUUACUGUCUUUACAUAAUAUUUUAAGAAUUACAUGAAAAAUGACAUUUCGCAUUAAGUAUCACAAAUUGUAUCAUAUUAAUGUACCGUGGUGUAACUCAUUGGUGCGUUAACACCGUAAGGCAUUAAUCACGUAGUAUCAAUCACUAUAAAGUGCAGUGUCCUAGGUCAUUUUUGAAGAAUCCAGUCUUCCAGAAUAUGUCGUUGAAAAAUCUCCGUUCCUACUUUCCAUUUCCAGAAAGUUUUAUCCUCCUAUCGGAAAUUUCAUUUCUUACUGAAGUUAGCUAUAUAGGUUUCUAGUACUCAUUAUUGACGCCAAGGCGCAUUACCCAGACGGAUAAUCGGAUGGCAGUCUAGGACGCCUCAUCGACACCAAGUUGUAUUACAGACAUGGAUAAAAUAUAAUCGAAUGGGCGUCUAGGACUCCUCUUACAAAUACAUUGUAUAACCAUAUCAUUGACCAUGUAUGUAUGCAACCUUACUGAAGUAAACCGUUUUCUGUAUAAAAAGGCUAUUGUCAAAAUA